UCUCACCGAUUGUCGGCGACGUCGACUCAGAGCAAAGACCUCAACGAGGUAUAUAUUUCAUGCUCUCGUCCUCGAUAACUUCCUCUCAGCAUCUUCUCCAAUUCAAGACCUGCACGACCCAGCACGAACGCAACCCCAUCACCGCAUCAAUGCAGUCCACCACCCUCCUCCUCGCAGCCGCCAUGGCUCUGGUACAACCCGCCUUCGCCCUGCCAGGAACAGCCCUCCUUGCCAAAAAGGACGCCAGCUGGCACUGCACGCCCACUGGAAAAGCCGACCAGUACAACAGCUACGACUCGUAUGACGUGACUUCCACUUGCGAGCGACAGCCAGAUGCGUGCAACUGGGCCUGCGUGACGUUCGUGCAUUCAACUACAGUCGGGUGUCCGUCGAACAUGGAGGUGCAGGAUUUCGAAGAUAUGUUGUAUGCCAUUGCGCAACAAAUCAACAAAGACGGCUGGACGAAGACGUCUGAGCGUGGCAGGUGGCACGCUGGGUUCGACCUCAACACCUUCACUACCGCCAUCAAGGACCGGAGUGUUCUCUCGGAAUGGAACUAUCCAAUCCAGACAUUGAGGAACCGGGUUCGCGAUGAGGGAUUUGUGCAGUAUUUCCCGGGAACGGUGUAUUUGCAGAGCGAUUUGGGGAAUAUCAUUGUAACUCCCAGCUGCUAAUGAAGAGACGGGAUGAUAGUUGAGACGAGACUUGGACCGAUCAGCUGGUGAAUGAGAUGUACAGCCGCGGAUAUGUCUCAGCUGUCUGGCGAAGCGUGACUGAAUUUGAGCGGCGAUGUGUACAUACAUAUGAAGGCACUGUACAGAUUGUCAGCCUCACG